GAGCAGUGAUGUCGGGGGCCCGCUUUGGGUUCCUGGUCUGUGUCCUGUGCUGUGUAGUCAGAGCCUAUCCCAAUGCCUCCCCGCUGCUCAGCUCCAGCUGGGCUGGCCUGACCCACCUGUACACGGCCACAGCCAGGAACAGCUACCACCUGCAGAUCCACAAGGACGGCCAUGUGGAUGGCACACCCCACCAGACCAUCUACAGUGCCCUGAUGAUCAGAUCAGAGGAAGCUGGCUUUGUCGUGAUAACAGGUGUGAUGAGCCGGAGAUGCCUCUGCAUGGACUUCAGAGGCAACAUUUUUGGAUCGCACCAUUUCAGCCCGGAGAGCUGCAGGUUCCAACACCGGACGCUGGAGAACGGCUACGAUGUGUACCACUCGCCUCAGCACCGCUUUCUCGUCAGCCUGGGCCGGGCUAAGGGGGCCUUCCUGCCGGGCACGAACCCCCCGCCCUACUCCCAGUUCCUGUCGCGCAGGAACGAGAUUCCCCUCUUCCACUUCAACACCCCCAGGCCGCCGCGCCGGCACACGCGCAGCGCUGAGGACGACGACCCGGACCCCGACCCGCUGAACGUGCUGAAGCCUCGGUCUCGCGUGAGCCCCGCGCUGGCCUCCUGCUCCCAGGAGCUGCGCAGCGCCGAGGACCGCGGCGCUGCGGUCAGCGACCCGUUGGGUGUGCUCAGGCGCAACAGGGGCAACACUCACGCCGGGGGGCUGGGCGUGGAGAGGUGCCGCCCCUUCCCUAAAUUCACCUAGGCGCAGCAGAAAGGAGCCCUUUUCAGCCCCCUUUCAGAAGUGUAAGCUAUCUUUCAAGGGUUGGCUCCCCUUACGCGCCGAGGAAGGGGAGGUGGGGCGUGUGCGGAGU